AUGGGUACUGGAAGUACACCUUGUGCAUCAUGCAAGUUGUUGAGACGCCGUUGUGCCAAGGAUUGCAUAUUUGCACCUUACUUCCCUCCUGACGACCCUCAAAGGUUUGCCCUUGUUCAUAAGGUCUUCGGCGCGAGCAAUGUCAGCAAAAUGUUGCAGGAGCUUCCAGUACAUCAAAGAGCAGAUGCAGUUAGCAGUUUAGUGUACGAAGCGAAUGCGAGGAUAAGAGACCCAGUUUAUGGGUGUGUAGGUGCAAUUUCAUAUCUGCAAAAUGAAGUUUCACAGCUGCAGAUGCAGUUAGCAGUUGCGGAAGCAGAAAUAAUGAGCAUCCAAAUGCAGCAAGAUCCAACAACAGCAUUACUUCAAAACCAGAUAGAAUUUGAAGAUGAGAAAUCGCUUCUUUUAGCAACUAGUAACAACUUUAGUAAUCUUCAACACUAUCUUAAUGACUUUGCUGCUUCUGCUGGCAAUGUAAUUCAAGACCCUCUUAAAAGAGAGUCUUUGUGGACAUAA